AUGUGCGAGCGAUGUGGUAAAGACGCCGGCAACUUCCAGAGACGGGCGAGUUGUGCCCGUGAUAUCAACACUGCGACAUCGAGGUACAGUGACAUCACGACAUCACGUGCACGACAUCACGUGGGCGACAGCAGUGCGAUUCCAUCCAUGGAGCAUCCGCAGGACACGGCGCAGCGUCGCGCGCUGGCAGACCCGGAGGCGUUCUGGGGCCACCAGGCGGCACAGCUACAGUGGCAUCGACAGCCGGACGUGGCGCUGCAGCGCACGACCAAGACGCUGGCCGACGGCACCGGCCAUGAGCACUGGGCCUGGUUUCCGGGCGGGCAGAUCUCGACGUGCCACAACUGCGUCGAUCGCCACGUGCAGGCCGGCCGCGGUGAUGAGCCGGCCAUUCUGUACGACAGUCCGGUGACGCAGACGAAGCAGCGGCUGACGUAUGGGCAGCUGCUGGCCGAAGUCGAGACCACGGCGGCGGUGCUGCGCGAGCAUGGUGUUGGCCGAGGGGACGUCGUCCUGGUGUACAUGCCCAUGAUCCCCGCCACCCUCAUCGGCAUCCUGGCCGUCAACCGGCUCGGCGCCGUCCACACGGUCGUCUUUGGCGGCUUUGCAGCGGCAGCAUUGGCCCAGCGCAUCGAGGACGCCCGGCCAGUCGCCGUGCUGACGGCUUCCUGUGGCGUCGAUGGCAAUAAACCACCGAUGGCGUACCGGCCGCUCGUCGAGGCUGCCAUUGCGGCCUCGCCCUGGAAACCACCGCACGUUCUGGUCUGGCAGCGCGACCAGCUGUCGGCCUGGGAUUUGCAGCAGCCGCUGACGACCACUGCCACCACCACUGUCUGCUGGCAGACGCUCGUCCAAGACGCCCGACGGCGUCGUGUCACCGCAGCUUGCGUGCCCGUGGCCUCGACCGACCCCGUCUACAUCAUCUACACCAGCGGCACCACCGGCCGGCCCAAGGGCGUCGUCCGUGAGGCUGGCGGCCACGCUGUCGGACUGCACCUCAGCAUCAGCUAUCUGUUCAAUAUUCACGGGCCGGGUGACGUGAUGGCUUGCUUCAGCGAUAUCGGCUGGGUCGUCUCCCACAGUUACACUCUCUACGCCCCCCUCCUCGCCGGAGCUGCCACCGUGCUGUACGAGGGCAAGCCCGUCGGCACGCCCGACGCCGGGGCCUUUUGGCGCAUGAUCGAGGAGUAUCACGUGACCACAAUGUUCACAGCCCCGACGGCAUUGCGCGCCAUCCGCAAAGAGGACCCGGACAACGGGCAGCUGGCGGCUGUGGGCGGCCGUGGCGGCCUGCGCAGUCUGCGUGCCCUCUUCCUGGCAGGCGAGCGUUCUGAGCCGACCCUGGUGACCAUGUACCAGCAGUUGCUGGCGCGGUACGGCGCUCCGGGCGCCCAGGUCGUCGACAACUGGUGGUCGUCCGAGUCGGGCUCGCCCAUCUCCGGCAUCGCCCUGGGUGCCCACGUCGGUCUCGACAGCAGUGCUGCUGCCGCCUUCCAGACUGCCACUUCUGGCAAGGGCUCGUCAUCGCAGCUGCUGCCGCCGCUUGCCGUCCGUCCUGGCAGCGCUGGAAAGCCGAUGCCCGGUUUCGACGUGCGCGUUGUCGACGAUGUCGGCGCCGAGUUGCCGCCUGGAGCCAUGGGCAACAUCGUCCUUCGCAUGCCGCUGGCCCCAACCGCCUUCUGCACCCUGUGGCAAGAUGACGACCGCUUCUACCGCGGCUAUCUGCGUCGCUUCCAAGGCCGCUGGCUGGACACUGGCGAUGCCGGCAUCAUCGACAAGGAUGGCUAUAUCAGCAUCAUGGCGAGAUCGGACGACAUCAUCAACGUCGCUGCUCAUCGCCUCAGCACCGGCGCCCUCGAACAGGCCGUAACAAGCCACCCGCUCGUCGCCGAGGCCUGUGUCGUCAGCAUCCCCGACGCCCUCAAGGGCCACAUGCCCUUUGCCUUUGUCAACACGAACCGCUCGGCCGCCUCACCGACCGACGAGGCUCUCUUCCGCGACAUUAACGGGCGCGUGCGCGCCCAGGUUGGCCCCAUCGCCUCGCUCGGCGGCCUCAUUGAGGGCAGCGGCAUGAUCCCGCGUACUCGCUCUGGUAAGACCCUUCGUCGCGUCCUGCGCGAGCUGCUCGAGAACGCCGUCCACGGCGACUUUGACGCUCCCGUCGCCGUUCCCUCCACCAUCGAGGACCCGGCCGUCAUUGACGUCGCCCGCGAACGCGUCCGCACCUACUUUCGCGACCACGCCGGCGAUCGUCACGCCCCCAUCGAGACCCGCCCCAAGCUGUAG